UCUCUUGAGUGUGGGGAUGACAGCCUAUCAGUUUUCACAACCCAAGACAACCCCUUUGAAAUGUUCUCCAGGGUAGACAACCCUGUUGGCCAUCGAGGAGCCAGAACUGGAGCCCCAAGGUCUCAAAGGCCACAAGCUCUCCAGGCCACAGCAAGCAACUCCCCUGAGCUGUCUGAGGCGUCCUGGCCAUCCGAUUCCGGAACCCCUUCCCCACUCAGCACUGAGGAACAAAGUACCUCUCCGCCACUCACUGUAAUUGACAGCGGGGACUCUGUGGUAGCCAAGUACAUAAACAGGUUCCGCCAAGCUCAGCCUACAAGCCGAGAGGAACGCCAGCCUGCAGGCCCGACCCCAGCUGACUUUUGGUGGCUACAGCCCAAGUUGUCAGACAUCAGCAGUCACCUUGCAGCAGGAGCCAGUGAACCCGAAGGAAGAUCCCCAACGACAGGUCCAUCUCCUGCUGGGAUGUGCAACGCAUCUCUGGCUUCAGCUCCUCUUCAGAAAGUAAAGCAGAGCCUGAACACCUGGAACUCAUCUUUGCUGGACUUGGAGACACUGAGCCUACAAAGCAGAGCGGCCAAACUCCUGAAGCGCAGCAAGGCCUCCCUCUCCUCCUCCUCCUCCCUCAGUCCCAGUGAUGCCAGCAGCUCCUCCUUCCCCAUCGGCUCCAAUGGCCUCUCUCCUUGCUCCGUGACCUUCAACCCAGACUCCAACAAGAGGUCUGGUCCCAAAGAAUCUGCGUCGGGAGCAGUCCCAGAACCAUCCCAGGCCCGCAUCCCUGUUCCCAGCACAGCCUCCUCCCAGGCAACCCUUCAGCCCGAGGAAGACAUUUUAUACCAAUGGCGGCAGCGGCGGAAGCUUGAGCAGGCUCGAGGAGCUGAGGGUGAUGGAACCUGGGUGUUGCCUCGGACCCCAGCCCUCGCCACUCAGACUCCUCCUGCUCCUGCAGUGAAUCUCGGUUCCCUGGGGACUCAGCCUAACUGUGCUCCACCAUGGGGCAAUGUGGCCCAGCCUCCUCCCCCACAGGCCUUCUAUGUGGAGAGGCCUCCUCUUCCGGGGCCCUCUCCACACAUCUGGACCCCCAGCCCUCACGGGUUCCUCUGGGCCCCACAGGCCAAUCCAUGGAUAUCUCUCGGGAUGGUUCCUACCACACUGCUAGCCUCCCCCGCUGCUCCUGUGGCCUCCUUCCCAGCACCCCCUACCGCCACUCCAGCUGCCCCAGCUCCCAUCCCUACUCCCCAAGUCUCCACCCCAGUGCCCCCAGCUUCCACCCCGACUCUCCUAGCUUCCACCCUUCCACUACCGGACACCCCUCAGGAGCCAACUACCAUUGAGCUGAGUAGUUCUGCCCAGCCCAAGAAACUCAAACCUCGGAGGGCCAGCGCUUCGUCGCGCCAGGAGACAGCUCAGCCAGACGCUGCAGCAGCUUUCGAGAGUCCCUGUUCGCAGCUCAGGGGCGCCCUGGGCCAGGUAGUGACAGCUCGGCUGUUCCCAGACAGCCUGGACGACAUGGCCCCUAGCCUGGAGAGCCCGUCUCCACCUGAGGCAGAAUCUCAGGAAGUCAGGACCACACCCCCUCAAGCCAAGGGUCUGCCCCCUCCAUUGGAGUCUCAGUGUGGGUCCAAGACUGAGUCCCGCAAAGCCACGGCCGAGUCCUCCACGGGCCGGUCGGUGCUUCGGAAAAGUAAAGUCACCCUCUCAGUUGAAGCUAGGGAUCCACAGCCGUCUACAACCCCAAAGGCAUCCAGAAGACUGGAGAAGGUCCAGUCGCCUGAAUUUAAGGCGGGAGCUAGUGAUGCCUUGACCUCGGUCCCGACAACCUCAGGCCACGCCCCCUCCGAGGACUUGCUAUCUCAGGCCACCCGACUUCUGCAGGCUGCGGAAGAUUCUUACCAUGAGUACACACCCCAGCAUCUACCUCCCCAAUUUUUCUCCAGGAAAGUGGAUGCCCAGUUAUCUCUCCUUUUGGACCACACUGAAGACCCAGGAUCUUCCUCUCCACCAGCCAGCCCACCUCCCAGGUCCCCAAGAAUGCGAUUGAGGAGGGAAGGAGGCUCCCUUGAAGCCAGGCGACUUUGAAUUGUAAAAAUUCCAUUUUUCCUGGGCUGGAGAGAUAAUGUACUUGCAAGUGUGAAGGCCCGAAUUUAGAUCUCCUGAACCCACGUAAAGGAAACUGACCGGCCAACUGACCCACCAAGACUGGGUCUCAAACAAGGUGGAAGCCAGCAACCUGUAUUCAGAAUUCUUUGACCUCCUCCAUACACAAGCUGUGGGGGACACACACGCACAUACAUACUAAGAAUAAAGUUGU